AUGGCGAGUGACGGCACAGCCAAGGCAGAAAGCUUCCUGACCUUCCUGGUCGAGGAUUUGCAAAAGUCGACUUCGUCAUAUGCCACGCUGGUCAUUGUCAUCGUCUUUGCGAUCCUCGUUCACAAGUUUUCGUCACCUCACGUUGACGGUCGCGAGCCGCCGACGAUGAAGCCUAGGAUCCCUAUCAUCGGUCAUUUGAUCGGAAUGAUACAGCACCAAAGCCGGUAUUUCAAGGUCUUGGAGCGCCGGAAUAUGGCGAUCGCGACGCUGCCUAUUUUGAAUGGCAAAGUUUAUGGCAUCUGGGACCCAAUACUGAUCCAGGCCGUCUAUCGGAAUCGAAACCUGUCGUUCGAGCCAUUCGCGGUGGAGUUCGCGCAGAGAGAGCUUGGUUUCAACAACGAGACCCUCAAGAUCAUUCAAGAUAGCACCUUGUUGCCCGAGUUCUUUGAGGGUAUCCAUGUCGGUAUGGCCGCAGAUAAUCUGCAUCGGAUGAAUGCCGCCGCCCUCUCCUAUGUGUCUGAUGCGUUGGACGACCUCUGCAAUGGGAAUGAAGCUUACGAGACGACCAAUUUUUGGGUGUGGAUGCGGGACUUGAUGACAAUGGCGACGACAGAAGCAUUGUACGGGCCCGGGAAUCCGUUGAAGAAGGAUGCAAGCUUGAUGAAGGACACCUGGAUCUUCGAAUCUGACCUGCCGGUGUUGAUGCUCGGCGUAGCGCCGUCCAUCACGGCGCGCAGAUGCUUCCAGGCGAGAGAACGGCUCCAAGCAGCGCUGGGCGAAUACUACGGAAGCGACGGCGAUUCGCACAAGGAUGCAUCGCAGAUCGUCAAGAACCGCGCCAACGUCCUGCGGAAUCACGGCAUCCCGGGCAAGGAAGUCGGGGUAUUUGAGGUUGCGCUGCUGCAUGUGGCCACGUCCAACACCAUCCCGACUUUGUUCUGGUUCAUGGUGCACGUCUUCAGUCGUCCCGAAUUGGUAGCCCGUCUCAGGGACGAACUCCUGCCGGUGGCGCAACAUGGGGGCAACGGAGAAGUCACACUUGAUAUUGGUACCCUUGACGAACGUUGUCCAUUGCUCGUGCGCUGUUAUCGCGAGGCGAUUCGGAUAUCGAACAAGGGAAUGGGCAACAGACGCGUCUUGGAGGACACGACGAUUUCGGAUGGGAAUGGAAGGUCAUACCUCCUCAAGAAGGGUUGCAACGUGCAGAUGUCCGCCCAAGUUAGUCAUAGCUUGGAGAAAGCGUGGGGACAGGAUCACGAGUCGUUUGAUCCGGACAGGUUCGUCGUGAAGACAGGAAAGGAAAAUUCCGAGGCCGAGAAGAUGAAGAGAGCGGCCUUCAUACCCUUUGGCGGUGGGAGGCACCUGUGUCCGGGACGCAACUUUGCGUUUGCAGAGAACCUUGGCUUCGUGGCGUCUCUGUUGCUAGGGUUUGACGUUGUGCCUCUUGACGGGAACAUGGAGCAGACGGUGAAGGUGCCCCAAGCAGCGGGAUGUUUGAUGACGGGAGCUGCGGUCAAGCCCGUAGAUGAUGGCCAGGGCUACGGAGUCCGAGUUCGGAGGAGAGAGAGAUGGGAAGGUGUGAAAUGGCGGUUCAUUAGCUGA